UUCAUGUAGGGUUAGAUUUUGGUGAAACAAACCAAGACUGGUAUUGAAUUUUAGAGAAGAGUGGAGGAAGGAAAAUGUAGAAUUUUGAAAACCCAAAACAGGGUAUUAUACAGUGAAGCUUGGUUCUGGGUGUGUGAUUGGAAGUGGAGAAGUAUAGGAAGAAGAAGAGGAGAGGCAAGGAAUUGCCCUUUACUACUCCGGUCCACGAGCUCUUUCAUUUCAUAUUCAGUCUUCGAGUUGAUUGUGAGAUUCACAUGAGUGCCAGCAGGCAGAGGACCCUCAGUGGAGGGGGUCAGAUUGUGUUGGACUAUUUGAAGCGAAUGCAGGCGGAAAAUCCUUCUUUCUAUUAUGCAGUUCAAGGUGAUAAUGAUCAUUCUGCUGGAAAUAUAUUCUGGGCUGAUGCAACUUCCAGGAUGAACUAUAACUAUUUUGGAGAUGCAGUUACCUUUGACACAGCAUGCAGAACAAACCGAUAUAGGGUACCAUUGACUGCAUUCACAGGGCUGAAUCAUCAUGGCCAGCCAGUUUUGUUUGGCUGUGCAUUACUUUUCAAUGAAUCUGAAUCCUCAUUUGUUUGGUUGUUCCAAUCUUGGCUUAAUGCAAUGUCUGGACGUGCCCCCGUCUCAAUCACCACCGACCCAGACCGGUUCAUACAGGUAGCUGUUUCUCAAGUGCUUCCUGAGACCCGUCAUCGCUUCUCUAAGUGUGGGAUCUUUAGAGAAACACAAGAGAAAUUGGCUCACAUUUAUCAAUCGCAUCCUACAUUUGAACCAGAGUUUCAGAAAUGCAUUAAUGAGACUGAGACAAUCGAUGAGUUUGAGUCAUGUUGGGAAUCGCUCCUGGAAAGAUACUACCUUAUGGAUAAUGAAUGGCUUCAGUCAAUGUACAGUGCUCGCCAGCAGUGGGUACCAGUCUACAUGCGAGAUACCUUUUUUGGGGAGAUGCACGCAAACAAAGGAAAUGAGGGUAUGAGCUCAUUCUUUGAUGGGUAUGUGAAUGCUGCAACCACCAUUCAGAUGUUGAUCAAACAGUAUGAGAAAGCUGUAGCAAGUUGGCAUGAAAAGGAAUUAAAGGCUGAUUAUGAUACGAGCAACACUACUCCUGUUCUGAAGACACCAUCUCCUAUGGAAAAACAAGCUGCAAACCUUUACACAAGGAAAAUAUUCAUAAAAUUCCAAGCAGAAUUGGUUGAGACCCUUGCUAAUCCUGCAACUAAAAUUGAUGAUUCUGGAACUGUCACCACAUAUCGAGUUUCCAAAUUUGGGGAUGAUCACAAGGCACACUCUGUUAGGUUCAAUGCUUUCGAGAUGAAGGCUAGUUGUAGCUGUCAAAUGUUUGAAUUUUCAGGUAUUAUUUGUAGGCACAUUUUGGCAGUUUUCAGAGCAAAAAAUGUUCUUACGCUUCCUUCUCAAUAUAUUUUGAAACGAUGGACAAGAAAUGCCAAGAGUGGAGCUGUGUUGGAUGAACAAGCUUCUGAAUUGCCAAGCAAUUCUAGGGAGUCUUUAACUGUUCGUUAUAACAGUUUACGUCAGGAAGCAAUCAAAUAUGUAGAAGAAGGGGCAAAAUCCAUACAUGUUUAUAAUGUGGCAAUGGAUGCUUUACAAGAGGCUGUUAGAAAGGUCGCUGCUGCAAAAAAUAAAGGUCCUGGAGCUGCACAAGGUGGCACACUGGAAAAUGGAGGCAAUCAAGAGAUGUGUGCUAGAGAAGAAAAUAGAACAGCGCCGUAUCAAUCUGUGGAUGAGAAGGAAAAGAAAAUUCAUGACUUGGCUUCUGAGUUGGAGAGUACUAAUCAACGAUGUGAAGUAUAUCGAGCUAACCUACUUGCAGUUUUGAAAGAUAUGGAGGACCAGAAGUUAAAGCUCUCAGUAAAAGUUCAGAAUGCAAGGCUUAGUUUGAAGGAGUGAUUGUGAAUUGCUGUAGUAACAUUAUCAUUUUGCAAUCGUGACAGUAAAAAGUGAGUGUAGAGUGCAGAUUGAACCAUGGCUGUUGCUGGGGCUGUUUUGAUGCUUUUGGUAGGUUUAUGGGGGUGGAUUUGUGAAAAGAAUGUAUGAAAUGCAUGUUUGAUUAUGUAGGUACUAAGAUAUUGACCAAAUGCCAGUCUCCACAUAUUUAUUGAUGACAAACCUAAAUGAUUCUGUGUUA